AGACAAGAGAUAAUUGAUUCCAUUAUGUGUGCCUCAGCCAAAUACAACACCCGGGGUCCAGCCCUCAUCCCGAGGAUGAAAACCAAGCAUCGCAUCUACUACAUCACGCUCUUCUCCAUAGUUCUGCUUGGCCUAAUUGCCACAGGAAUAUUCCAGUUCUGGCCUCACUCCAUUGAGUCAUCCAAUGACUGGACUGUUGAAAAACGCAGUGUCCAUGAUGUGCCUGUGGUCAAGCUUCCUGCUGACAGCCCCAUUCCUGAGCGGGGAGACCUCAGCUGCAGGAUGCAUACCUGCUUCGAUGUCUAUCGCUGUGGCUUCAAUCCCAAAAACAAAAUCAAGGUAUACAUCUACUCACUGAAGAAGUAUGUGGAUGAAUACGGGACCUCGGUGAGCAACACCAUUUCCAGGGAAUACAAUGAGCUGCUGACUGCCAUCUCUGACAGUGAAUUCUACACUGAUGAUGUAAACCGCGCCUGCCUUUUUGUGCCAUCCAUAGAUGUCCUUAAUCAGAACGCACUCCGUAUCAAGGAGACAGCUCAGGCUUUGGCACAGUUAUCCAGGUGGGAUCGAGGCACAAACCACUUGCUCUUCAAUAUGCUGCCUGGAGGGCCACCAGAUUAUAACACUGCCCUAGAUGUUCCUAGAGAUAGAGCUCUGCUGGCUGGUGGAGGCUUUUCCACGUGGACUUACCGGCAAGGCUAUGAUGUCAGUAUUCCUGUUUACAGCCCCUUGUCAGCAGAGGUGGAUCUGCCAGAAAGAGGACCAGGUCCUCGCAGGUAUUUCAUCCUGUCAUCUCAAAUGUCCCUGCACCCAGAGUACCGGUCUGAGCUGGAAGCACUUCAAGCUGAGAAUGGGGAAUCAGUGUUGAUCCUAGACAAGUGUACAAAUCUGUCCGAUGGGGUCCCUGCUGUUCGCAAACGCUGUCACAAGAAUCAAGUCUUUGAUUAUCCUCAAGUGCUUCAGGAAUCUACGUUCUGUGUUGUUCUACGUGGCGCCCGCCUGGGACAGGCUGUGCUGAGCGAUGUUCUUCAAGCUGGCUGUGUCCCAGUGAUCGUUGCAGACUCCUACAUUUUACCUUUCUCUGAGGUUCUGGACUGGAAGAGGGCCUCUGUUGUCAUCCCUGAAGAAAAGAUGCCCGAAAUGUACAGUAUUCUGCAAAGUGUCCCCCAGCGACAGAUUGAAGAGAUGCAAAGACAGGCAAGGUGGUUCUGGGAAGCAUAUUUUCGAUCAAUGAAAGCAAUUGCUCUUGCUACUCUUCAGAUUAUCAAUGACAGAAUUUACCCAUAUGCUGCCAUUUCUUAUGAGGAUUGGAAUGAUCCCCCAGCUGUGAAAUGGAGCAGUGUGAGCAACCCACUCUUCCUCCCAUUGAUCCCACCUCAGUCCCAAGGAUUCACAGCCAUAGUUCUGACCUAUGACCGGGUGGAGAGCCUUUUCCGAGUCAUCACCGAGGUGUCUAAAGUGCCUAGUCUCUCCAAGUUGUUAGUUGUCUGGAACAACCAGAAUAAGAAUCCACCAGAAGAAUCUCUCUGGCCAAAGAUUCGUGUUCCUUUGAAAGUCGUUCGGACAGCAGAAAACAAGCUCAGUAACCGCUUCUUCCCCUAUGAUGAGAUUGAAACAGAGGCAGUGUUGGCUAUUGAUGAUGAUAUCAUUAUGCUAACCUCAGAUGAACUCCAGUUUGGCUAUGAGGUUUGGCGUGAGUUCCCUGACAGGUUGGUUGGUUAUCCAGGCCGCCUGCACCUUUGGGACCAUGAGAUGAACAAAUGGAAAUAUGAAUCAGAAUGGACCAAUGAAGUCUCAAUGGUGCUCACUGGGGCAGCGUUUUAUCACAAGUAUUUCAACUAUCUGUACACCUAUAAAAUGCCUGGGGACAUCAAGAACUGGGUGGAUGCUCAUAUGAACUGUGAAGAUAUUGCCAUGAAUUUUCUUGUGGCAAAUGUCACUGGAAAAUCAGUUAUUAAGGUGACCCCACGGAAGAAGUUCAAAUGUCCAGAAUGCACAGCAAUUGAUGGGUUAUCACUGGACCAGACACACAUGGUGGAAAGGUCUGAAUGCAUCAAUAAGUUUGCCUCUGUCUUUGGGACCAUGCCUCUCAAAGUGGUGGAGCACCGUGCUGACCCCGUCCUGUACAAAGAUGACUUUCCUGAGAAACUGAAGAGCUUUCCCAAUAUUGGCAGCUUGUAAAGGCAGCUGUGAGACAACCCUGAGUGAUGAAAACGACAGCUGAAAAGGUGCUAAAAAGGAAUGAAAAGGAAUAUGUGGCCCUGAAGAAUCGCUGGAGAGUGGGUUACAUCUGAGGGAGAUGGGAAUGCAUGUUGCAUUCUGGUAUGUUGUCUUCCUUUUACACUGCACAAAGGUGUAAUGGAAAGCUGAAAAACUGCUUCUCUUUUGGUCACAGAGGAUUGAAUCUGUUCAUGGGCCCUCCAGAAAUGCCCCCCACGCACUUUUCUCCAAAGGAGACUUUAUGCAUCUGGAAGAAUAAACCAGAAUCUCGCCCUCUGACUGGCAUGACUGACCUCUCCUGUCAAAUGUCCUGCAGCUCUCUGGGUUGUAGCAUCCACCCAAAGCAACUGUCUGCAGUGUAUAUCUGCUCUCUUUUCAGAGGAGCUUAUUGCCUGUGUGGUUGGUGAGCCUCUGUCUUUUGAGCUUAAUUGUUGGCUUAAGCAACUGUGUAACAAUCAUUUUCUUCUCCAUGGUGAGACAAGCAUUUAUCUUUUUACAACGUCAGCAACAAAAAGACGUGCGUUGUCACAUGCCUUAAAGGGCAAAGCAUUUUGUGUUUCCAAAAUGAUGGUGGUGCAGAUUGAGACAUGCAGCAGCUGGGUGGAUGGUCUCCUUCAGAGCAGAGACCUGCAGGAAGAGAACCCCAGUUGCUGCACCUCUUCUUCUCAGGUUUUCUGCUACAUCCAUGCAAGAGACUGUGACUCCUUGUCAAAACUGGUUGUGUUACAAUGGAAAAAAGAUGUGUCUUUCAGUCUUACUGUGUUUUUUGUUUUCAUUAUCAAAACAGUGGCCAGGUCACAGUUUUAUGUCACAGCCAUAGGUAAGAACAGUUAUAAAGUAUGUUUCUUCUCAUCUGAAUCCUCUUCAGCAAGCAUGUGUUGUAGUAUUGAUUUGUAAAACCCUUAAACUUACAAAACUUCUCAGUUACAGCUUCCAUGUGGAGGGAUGUGUGUAUGUACAAGACACUAUUAAUGCACACUUACAAAUUCCCUUGAAUUACCAUUCAGUCUUCUGCUUGUAGUUUAAGGAGCAUCAGGCUCCUACUGAAACAUGCAGCACUGGAAUUGUUUCUCAGUGCUGAAAUGAACCUCAAUUAGAAAACUGAAUGCAACAAAACGAGAAGUAAAAUUUCCUUUAGUGUUAACUUUGCCUUUUAGUGUUAAAGAGGAUCCCAAGUUGGGGUGAGAAAAGGAUCUCUUUUCCAUCACCACUGAUAAAAUGUUUGUUACCAGAUAUGGGUGAUUUCAUUGUCUCUUGAAACCUCCAUUACUGCCAGCUACAGAGACAAUCCUACUUGAUGGGCUGUUUUUCUGUUUCACUGCAAGCAACCUUAUUCCUCAGAUUUUGCCAAACCCCAAACAAUAGGACAAGUGUUAGGCAUCACGGUUCACCCCCUCUCCUAAGCUGGAUACGCAGCAAUGACAGAAACCAAAUGAAAGUCAGGCUAGAAACAGGAAACAUCUGCUCCUAUUUGUCUCACCCCCACUAAGACUUAUCUUAUUGCCCAAUGCAGUGGAUGUGCUGUGAAUGAAAAUCAUAUUGGAACAAUAGCUCUGAGGGGAUGCUUCACUUCAUAACUCCCCUGGGAUGUGCCUGUAAACUGUAUCGUCUGAUUCUCUGGGAACAUUUAAUUACUAGUAAAUGUUUUUCCCUGCAGUCUUUGUUUCGUUCCUAAGUUGCUGUGGGAGGGGGCAUUGGGAAGCUAGGAUAGCUGUUGCAGUGAUAACAACUGCUGUCUGCACAGUGGGUGUCACAAGAGAGAAGGAGGUUUGUCGCUUGCUGUUUCUCUUUUACAGCCUCUCAGGUUCAUUGACAUGAACUUUCUUUCUGGAUCUUCCCACUGAUUUAUGUCGUGGUGCUUGAGCAUCAGGAGAUACCAGCAUAUUUCCCUUGAGUAGUUUGCUUUGAAAGGGUCAUUGUGACAAUGCAGUAGUCACUUCAGUUUUGGCUGCUCUUUUGGGGCUGAUCUCAGCUUGGCAGGCCAAAGCAGUUUAACUGAGUUACAACAUCUUCCUUACACAGAGCAGUGAAGCUGCUGUGAUUUCCUGGUUCUUUCUCAGUGAGGCAGUUUUGCACAGUGUUAAAAGGCACACGGAGGCUUUGAAAUGUUUGGUGGAAUAUUAUUAAGUGCGCACAGCCUAAUCAGCCCUCCUAAACUGAUUUACAGUCUCAGGUCAGUAGAAAAGCAACAGGCCCUUGUGCCUGCAUCCCAAAGCAUCCACAAAAUGUCCAGUGACCUAACAUCAUGUACUAUCCGUUGGCAUUUUGCAGUUGCAUCUCAUUUAGAUGGUAAUUUGUCUCUUUUGUGCCAUGGAGAAAACGGGCAAUUAACUAUAAAAAAUCCAGUGGAAAAUGGUCUGCUUUCCCCCUGUGUUUGUAAUUGUGAUGUUCCUGAUGGAAAAUGUGAAGGUAAGAUGUACCUGUAUGUCUGAUUUCAAAUGGGUUUGUUGUCAAUCUUUAAAUUAAGAUAAUUUUUAACUUUUCAUUGUAUAUAUACUAUAAAAAAAAAGGGUUAAUAUUGGUAUAUUAAAAAGUAAAUCCAUGGAA